AUGUCAGAAGAAGAACCACAACAGGGGGCCUUUGAAGACGACGAUGUAGACGACGACUCCGACGCAGAUGGCGUGGACGGCGACUUUAAGGUCGAUGACAUGCACGAUGACUCUGACGAUGAUGUCUUUCUUUUCGAGGCUGCGGCAAGCGACCCUAUCUGGUCCAAACAACAACCACUCCAGUAUCUGCUAGGAAGAUCUAGGAAAAACGGCCGGACAUCGGCCAAGGCGGUCUACGGCGAACCGCUGACCUUAGAGCGGGAUGCAGAAGGCCCUCGCAUUCGUCUGCUUCGUAUCCGACCAGGUGCGAGGGGUGAGCCGAUCUAUGGCGACCUCCUCGUACGGCCAUUAUUCGAAGGACAGAUACACUACGUCGCAUUGUCAUACGCUUGGGGAAAGCAGGUGGCAUCUCGAACAAUCUACCUAGGACCUGAAGAAUUGGAAUUUCACCUGUCUCCCCACUUGCACGCCGCUCUUGACCAUUUGCGACACCACAAGGAGUACACCUACGUUUGGGUCGAUGCGAUAUGUAUUAAUCAAGAGAACGAUCUCGAGCGUAGUGCACAAAUCCAGAUCAUGGCGCAAAUCUAUCAUCAAGCAAACGAAGUCCGCGUCUGGCUUGGUGUAGACGGUUUCGCAAAUGUCGCGGACAAUGACGAUGACUUGAUGUGGGCCUUGUGCCAACGCGAGAGCCCGUGGUGGAGACGCUUAUGGGUUGUGCAAGAGUGUGCUUAUUCUAAGAAGUGUCCGGUCGUUAUGUUCGGCCAGAAGCAAAGCUCACUCCAAGAUCUAGUUGAGCGCUGGACCAAUGUUGUACAGCGGCAGCAAGGGAAUGGUCACUCGUAUCAGCUGAGUACACUACAGUAUAAUCUAGUCUUUGUGGAACAGCUGUAUGCCGCCUGGAUCGAGCAAAGUAUGACGGGACGCUUGCCGCUCCUUAUUCGCCUACGCCAGACUGCGCGGCACCAAUACUCUGUCGCCCACGACCGAAAUUUUGCAAUUUUGAGUCUCGUAAAUGAGGAGGAGGUGAAGAAGAUAAAGCCUGACUACCGCCAACCGUAUUCAUCUUUG